AUGAGUCUUCAACCCGUGAACCCCCGCCCCUUCCUUCAGGCCAGGGUCGGAACCGAAGUCAUCGUUCGCCUGAAAUGGGGACAGACAGAGUACAAGGGCCGCUUGGAGAGCAUUGAUUCAUACAUGAACGUGCUGCUGCGGGAUACAGAGGAGUUCAUCGAUGGCAAGCCCACGGGAACCCUGGGUCUUGUGCUUAUCCGGUGUAACAACAUCCUCUGGAUGGGCUCCGCGGAGAACGUUGAGAUGACGGACCUGGGACUGCGAUAG